CAGGAACUUCCUCCACUGGCAUAGUAGGAUCGCCAGGUAGGCUACUAGCUUCUAUCCGACGGAAGGCUUCACAGCUCUCUGCCACACUGGUCAUCGGGGAGAACUGUGUUGACAUGAAAACUGACGGCAACGGCAGUCACCAAAGGUUAACCAGAGAAAUACGCCGUUUUUGUCAUUACUGCAGAUAUGCCUUCGGGAAUUCGGUCAACGCGCCGACUGCGCUCCUGGAUGGUGGACCAGGUGAGCAGUGGAAAGUAUCCAGGACUGGUUUGGGAUGACCAGAACAAGACUAUGUUCCGCAUCCCAUGGAAACAUGCAGGCAAACAAGAUUUCCGUAGCGAAGAGGAUGCUGCCAUUUUUAAGGCUUGGGCUGAGUUUAAGGGGAAGCUGACAGAGGCUGGGCGCACAGACCCUGCUUCCUGGAAGACUCGUCUUCGCUGUGCCCUCAACAAGAGCCCCGAAUUCAGUGAGGUUACAGAAAGGUCACAGCUGGAUAUAUCCGAGCCGUAUAAAGUGUACCGUCUGGUUCCAAUCUCUGAGCAAGGAUGUGUGAAUGUCAAACCAGACCCGUCGAAGGCACGCACUGAUAGAAGGAGGAAGAGGAGGAGUCAAUCAGAGAGCGAGGAGGAGCUCUCAGCCAAGAUGAUAAAGGAAGAACAGUCAGCAGUGCAGAAAAUCAACAUGGAAAUGGAAGCUGUCUCGGAGGUGAACACCCAGGUUGUAGAGGUCACUGAGCCCACAGUUACCUUGAAGAAUGAUGGCCCCAGAGAAAUCCAGUUGAAUGUUACAUUCGAGACUUCACCGCUUCCCUCCACAGCACCCCAUUCCUUCCUGGUCUCUGUGCAGUUCCUGGGCAAGGAGGUGCUCAAACGCGAGGUUCGGGGAAGUGAUGUCAAAAUCACCUACAUGCCUGUGGCUCCAGUCCCUCCCUCAUCUCAGACCACUUUCCCCCGGAUCCCCCUGCCAGAUCCUCCUAUCUCAAUGGCCUCUGAACCAGCCAUGCAGGCCAUUUCCACCCUGCUGCCCUUCAUGGAGAGGGGUGUGGUGCUGAUGUCUACGGGAGCUGGGGUGUACGCAAAGCGCUACUGCCAAGGACGGGUCUUCUGGAGGGGGCCUCAUACUGACACCCCCGAUUUUGUCAACAAGAUGGAACGUACUGCCGAGCCAGUGAUGGUAUUCAGCAGGGAGGCAUUUAGAGAACAACUGCAAGACUAUCAAACUAAUGGGGGACCAGCUCCACAGACCAGCAUCACCAUGUGCUUUGGGGAGGAGCUCUUCAGUUCAGAUGACCCUGCCACUAAACUCAUCAUUGUAAAGAUCUCCUUUCCCUGGGCAGAACAACAGAUCAUGGAGGUUGACACCCUCAAGGAGUCUGUGUCCAUCCUCGAAAACCUUGGAGAAGUCACUCUCAAUCUCAUCCAGAUACCCCAGUCUUAAAGGUAUCCUGAGUGAUAGCCCCUACCCUGGUGUACCUGUGGAAGCAUUACCAAUGGCAGAAGCACUACUUGCUCUACAUGGAAAAAUCCAAGUCUAUCAAUGCACUUUACACUGAAGGAUUUGGUCCACAGGUGGUAUUUUGACACUCUUCUGGGACAAAAAGUCGAUGGAAAUGACACUUAACACUAGAUAACUCCAACCUCCUUCCAACCCAAAACAGUUCAAUGUACUGUUUUCAUACUUGUGGCGUCCAACUCCCCAGAAGUAUCAAACCUUGUUGAGUGAGGAAUGAGAGAAAAAAAUAGACACGAUUUGACAUGAUGAAGUUAAAUGACCGCCGUUAUCCCUAGCCACACAUUCUUGAUAAGCAUUAAAUUCAGAGCACUGACUAUCUAGAAUUGAGUUCAUCAGUGUGUGUAUUACUUAUUGCCUCAAACACAGGAAGGGAGUAGGAAUGCGAACCUUUGUUGUCUAACUAUAAUGUGCCACCUGAAAUGUGUAUUUCAGAUCUAAUACAUCACUUAGUAACUGGACUACCUUCCUAAAUGCAUAAUUCUUUGUGAAACUAGCUGUGGGUAUGCCUGUUUGUCAUUAGGAUUACUGUUGUUGAUUGUAAUGGGUCUAUAGUGGCUUAUAGUAAGGGUUUUGCACUCCCCAUAUACAUUAGUAUUAAUUGGACAAAAGGAUGAUACAAGAGUUACACAUGACACUGCAUUGUAAAUGAAAAUCAUGUUCGCCAUUAGGUUUUCUAAAUUGUGUCCAUAAACUGUUGCUUCGUAAUGAACCUGUCAGUAAUGAGUUAAAAAGCAGAUUACAGGCCAAAGUGUUGAAUUCCUUGUGCUCUUAAAUGUGUUUUACUGUACAUAUUCUACUGUUUGUGUCACUCACAGUGAGCUGAAUACCUAAGUGCUCAGUCACAUCCUCUAAAAUAGUGAAAAAUAAUGUAAUCCGAAAAUUCCAGUAUGUUUCAAAGAAGACAAUGACACGCUAUUAGUUGGUCAAAAUGUAGAUUAAAAGCAUACUUUAACAGGUGUAUGAAUACAGCAACACAGACCACAAGAAGUAAAUAUUUGUUUUGUACUUUCUAAUGUCCACUACAACAAUUUAUUUUAGUAAAAGGCACAGAACUAGUAGUUUUUUUUUGUUUGUUGUAUUUAUCGAAAACAUAAUUGUUUGUCAAGGGUUCUGAAGUGUGUAUGUUAAAAAAUAAAUACAUAUUUAACCUA